AGCCUGCCUCCUUGAAGGGAAGCCCGAACUUGUGUAAGCAGCAUUGCUGGCUGUCUCGAGGGCAGUGUGGUGUUUUGAAACGAAAAAGUGUGUCACUUCAACGAUACCCUGCGUGGACUGGGUGAGCUCACGAACAUUUUCUGACUGGCAAAUUAACAAAAAAGACUGCGAGAAGCCUCUAUCGCCGCGUGCAUUUGCUCUGCUGUCACUUUCUGAAUCGAGGGCACCCAUACUCCGAGGGAAAGAUGAUGAGCAAGACUGUAACGAGAAAACUACUGGGGUCCAUGUGUGGCUAUCAGACCCCAAGGUUGUCUUAUUGCCAGACUGCUGCCACUGCCAUUCGUCGAGAGAAAGUUGAAAUGAUCAAGGGCAGAGAACUGGAAAAAGAUGAGCUGCGUCCACUUUACAUGGACUUCCAGGCAACAACUCCCAUGGACCCAAGAGUACUGGAUGCAAUGCUCCCGUACCAAGUCAAUUACUAUGGCAAUCCUCACUCCAGAACCCAUGCCUAUGGCUGGGAGAGUGAAAGUGGCAUGGAAAAAGCUAGAAAGCAAAUUGCAGACCUCAUUGCAGCCGAUCCCAGAGAGAUUGUUUUUACAAGUGGAGCCACUGAGUCCAACAACAUGGCAGUCAAAGGAGUUGCUAGAUUUUACAAAGCCAAGAAGAAGCACAUCAUUACGACACAGACUGAGCAUAAAUGUGUGCUGGACUCCUGUCGAGUGCUGGAGUCAGAGGGAUUUGAUAUCACCUACCUACCUGUCCAAACCAAUGGCCUCAUCGACCUUGAGCAAUUAGAAGCAUCCAUUAGGCCAGACACAAGCCUUGUUUCUAUUAUGAUGGUCAACAACGAAAUUGGAGUCAAGCAGCCCAUAAAGGAAAUAGGUCAGCUUUGUCGCUCAAAGAACGUCUUCCUUCACACGGAUGCUGCCCAAGCUGUUGGCAAGAUCCCCAUUGACGUGUCCGACUGUAAGGUGGACCUGAUGUCUAUCAGUGGACAUAAGAUUUAUGGACCGAAAGGUGUCGGGGCGCUGUAUGUGCGAAGGAGGCCGAGGGUGCGUAUUGAGCCCCUGCAGAAUGGAGGUGGGCAGGAGAGGGGCCUUCGCUCGGGCACAGUACCUACACCGCUGGCAGUGGGGCUGGGAGCUGCCUGUGAGGUUGCCCAGCAGGAGAUGGAGUAUGACCACAAGCGGAUCUCCAUGCUGGCCAAUCGACUGGUCCAUAAGGUCAUGGCUGAGAUCCCUGAUGUCAUUAUGAAUGGUGACGCGGAGCAAAGGUACCCAGGGUGUAUCAACCUCUCGUUUGCAUAUGUGGAGGGAGAGAGCUUGCUGAUGGCUCUGAAAGAUGUGGCCCUUUCAUCUGGAAGUGCCUGCACCUCUGCUUCCUUGGAGCCCUCCUAUGUUCUGAGAGCGAUAGGAGCAGAUGAGGACUUAGCCCACUCUUCGAUCAGGUUUGGAAUUGGUCGCUUUACCACAGAGGAGGAAGUGGACUACACAGCUGAGAAGUGUAUUCAGCAAGUGAAACGGCUAAGAGAUAUGAGCCCCCUGUGGGAGAUGGUGCAGGAGGGCAUUGAUCUGAAGAGCAUCAAGUGGACCCAGCACUGAGCCAACUGCAUCUGCAUAGAAGAGGAUGAAGAGCCUUGUGAAUACUUCUUUUCUAUAGCUGUGGAAAAAAUGCCAUUCCCAGCUCGACUGGGACUUUUUCUCAAAGAAAAAUACGCACAAGUACAUUACUUAUGUUGGGGAAAUGAGGUUUUUUUACUGGCAGACCAUAGUCUGUUCCUUUGAAUUUGACCAACGCAAGAGGUGUUGGACUAAAUAAUGGACUUCUUUAUCUGCAAUGUGUGUGGAGUGGCUUGGAUGUGCCCCCCCAUUUGAGUAGCUCAGUCUACAUUCCAAGGAUUAUCGGUUCAUGUAAAGUUGGAAUAUUCUUCAUCAAAAGCAAUCAGAUUUCACUUUUUCUCAUGCCCAGCAGGAUACUGGAUAUACAGUAUACGUGGUCAAGCACACACACAAUGUUGUGAACUUGGCAAACACUCAGAAAUCAGUUUUUGUGGCUAUAAACAAAGUAUACCUGUAAAUAAUCUCAAAUACACCGUGGUUUUGGUUUGGUGAAGGUAAGCACUUGCUUCUUGCUCAUUGUUCUGUUACAGGAAGACUAUUCUCUAUGGAUGCAUAGUACUGCCAGUACAUUACCUCAUCUCUGUUCAGUUAGUCUUAACAGUUAACAAUCACAUUAAAUCAGCCAUUCAGAUCAUACACAGACAGUGUAUUACUACUAUUUUUAGUAUCAUAGAGGAUACUUGUAUGAAUCAACAGUACAUUUCAUAGUAUGUUCUUUUUGAAAGCUCAGAAACCAAAAAACUCUGACUACGUGUACAAAAUCAGCUCAAUGCAGUUGUUACACCUUGCAUGGAUUAGUGAACAGUGCUUUUCCAAAGCAUAUUGCAUUUAACUGUGAUAAAAAGCAAACACCUUGAACUUGUAAGCAUCUGUCUACCCUGUAAACCUUUCUUUCAGUUUUCAAGUAAAGCUACAGUAUGUCAACAAA